UCACUUGUUCCUCAUCUCUGCUGGCUUUUCAUUCAUUCCUGUGUUUGGGCACAGAGGCUGAACAUGGACUCUGUGGGUCUUUUUAUCCUUCUCAUACUUAUGUAUUUCCAGUUUACAGUCGCUCCCGCUGCUGAGGAAAUCACCUGGACCUACACUGGGUUGGUCGGUCAGUCCGAGUGGUCGGAGCAUUUCCCCGAGUGCGGCGGUACGUCCCAGUCCCCGGUCGACGUGGUAACCACCCAGACCAGAUAUGACCCCGGGCUGACAGCGGUGACCCCGCUGGGCUACAGUCAGCACGGCAACAAGCCCUUCACGCUGUACAACAACGGACACACAGUGGUCAUCGAGCUGCCGGAGUGGAUGAGUCUAGGGGGGCUGCCGUGGCUCUUUACGGCCGUACAGAUGCACCUCCACUGGGGCAGCGGAGGCCCGAGUCACGGGGGCAGCGAACACACCAUCAACGGACUGAGUGCAGACGCAGAGCUCCACGUGGUUCACUACAACUCUGAGCUCUACCCAAACCUGUCGGCCGCCAUGGCGCAGAGAGACGGUUUGGCCGUUUUAGGGAUUCUCAUCGUGACAGGUGAGGAGACAAACCAGGCGUUCAACAGCAUCCUCAACUACCUGAGUCGCAUCAGGCAUGCAGACCAGAAAGUCUUCAUCCCGGCCUUUGACGUCCAGUCGCUGCUCCCUAAAGAUCUGGGACGCUACUACCGAUACAACGGAUCGCUGACGACACCGCCCUGCUACCAGAGCGUCAUCUGGACUCUGUUCCAUGAAAGGGUUCAAAUCUCAAAGGCACAGCUGCUGAAGCUGGAGACGAUUCUUUACUCGAGUAAAGCCGAAGAGGCCGACAGGAUGCUGCUGCAGGACAACUACCGGACGACACAAGCGCUGAACCACAGAGUCGUCUUCGCCUCCUUCUCUGCAGAAUCGUGGAAGGAGCUCUCCUCCGGUGAAGUCACGGCCAUAGUGAUAGGAGUGAUGUGCGGCUGUGUAGGUCUGGCAGUCGUCGUUCGCUUCAUCGUAAAGACGAUACGAUUUUUUUAAACUCCUCCACCGUGAAACAGUCGCGGUAAACAGCUCUACCUCUAGCUGGGACGUCCUGCCCAGUAACCGAGCAGCUCCGAUGCCAAGGUUCCCACCGUGACCUCCGACCUCUCCCCUCUAACCUGCAGCUCACCGUGACUUUAACACCUCGUAGAGCCUCGCCGCUUACACAAAUUCCUCAGUACUGUACGUUAGAUUAGCCACGGAAUUCCCACAGUGUCUCAGGAAUUCUUUAACAUCGGAAUAAUCCUUUAAUCCCAGGUGUAAUAUUCACUGGAUGUGAGGCUUUUCUGCUGCGAUUGUAAUGAUGUAAAUUUACGUGUGAGGGUUUAAAAACGCUUGUAUCUCUCAAAAAUUGAUUUAGAAUUCGGCUUUAUUCAAAAAAAAAGUUUAUCUUGUCUAGAUAUUGCAAAAUACUGACAUUUUUCUGAUUAAAAUUGAGGAAUUUUCAUUAGAUAACUGGAAUUUUAAACUAUUUUGAACUAAUUAGUCAUUCUAAAGUUAUUUCGGUGAUUUAGUGAAGGAGUGCGCCUGCUUAGAAUCUAAAAAAUAAUUUAAAAACAGCAGAGAAAAGACGUUUGGAACCUUUCUGACGCUGGCAAAGACGUGGAGAACGGCUGUUAGCUUUGGACGACAUUCAGACGUGGCUUUAAACCCGUCAUACGGAGAUUUAGUCCUGCUGAUUUAAAAGAUCAGACUAAUUAGAUUCCUCACGCGUUGCUGGAACAACUUUUUGUUUUUCCACCAAAAUAAUCCUUUCCUUUCCGCGGCCGAAAUAUUUCCAAAUAAUAAUAAUAAUUUUGUAGCCACAUCUGCCUUUUCAGUUCAAGACUUAAAGUAAAGACAUAAAGUAAAUAAAAAUGGAGUAAAUGAUGUUUUAUCAGGCAGUUAUGAGAAGCUCUAGUCAUGUUUUUGCAGUAAAAUAAGCUUUUAUUAAUCCCACAGUGGGGAAAUUUGUGUUAAAGCAGUAAAAGGGAAAACAUUUAAGAAAAAUCAGUAGAAAAAUACAAGAAAUGUAAAAAAUAUCGCAGAGAAAAUGUUCUCCCAUGAGUAGAAAUAUUCAUAGUAAUAAUAGUAUUGUUAUAAAGAUUUAUUUUAAUUCAUUUAAAUGUUAAAAUAUUCUCUCUUUUUCCUUAAUUUUUGAAAUGAUAAAUAUCCUAAACAUGUUUGUUUUUUCAGUUAGAUUAACACGUUUUCUAAAAAAAUAGAACUUUUAGGUGAUUCUAGCUGAUUUUUUUGGGAACAUUCCCUGCUUCUUUUGCAGAUUAUUUAUGGAAAAUAAGAGCCUUGUGAGUUUUAUUUUGCAUGAAGCAGCAAAAGCAAUUUUAGUCUGAUGCAUUUAAGUGUUAAGAUUUGGUAUUUUGCAGCGAGAAUGCUGUAAUAAAAGAAGUUAUACCUUCAGUUAUCAGUGUUAUUGCACAGAAACGCACAGAAAAGUAGAAAUACUGCUCAGGAAGUAUUAAUAUUGCACAGAUUUUUUUUUCGAAAGAGGUUCUAAAAAUGCAGAAUGUUGCAUUAAUUUAUAGAUUUAUAGUUUGAGCAGCAAAAACAGGCAUAAACUGAUGCAUUUGAGUGUUAAAAUGAGACAUUUUGCAGCAUUUCUAUGAAUAAUAAUAUGUUUUUUAAAAGUGCAAUAUGGAAAUCCAGUGAAUAUCCUUGUUAACUCUCCUCCCUGUUAGUUUAUUUUAACCUAAUUGCACUAAUUUAUCUUUUCAAUUUAGUGUUAGCACUAAUAUUUAGCGAUUAAACCACAGUAAAUCACAUCUUUGUCGGCUUUUCAUCAUGUCUUGGAGCCUUAAACUCAUCACAGGGUGUAUUUUUUAACAAACAGCGACCUUUUCUGGAUGAUAAAACAAACUACAGCAUACUGACACAUAAUUAAUUUGGCAUUAGCAUUAAUUUUUAAAGAUUGAAACACACUUUUCAUCAUGUUUUGUAGCCUUAAACUCAUCCUGAAGUGUAUUUUUUUUACCAAACAACGACUUCUUCUUGAUGAAGUCCACACUGACACAAUUAAUUUAGUGUUAGAACUAAUUUUUAGAGGUGAAAACACACUAAAGUGUAUUUUGACAGGUUUUUCUUUGUGUUUUGGAGCCUUAAAAUGAUCCUUUAGUAUAUUUUAUACCAAACAGUGGCCUCUUCUGGAUGAUAUAAUAAACUACAACAUACUGACACACAAAUAAUUUGACAUUUGCAUUAAUUUUUAAGGAUUAAAACCCACUUUCCAUCAUGUUUUGAAGCCCUAAACUCAUCCUGGGCUGUUUUUUUUUUUUUUAACCAAACAGCGACCUCUUCUGGACGAUUUAACAAACUACACCACACUGACAGAUUUUUUUUUGGGCCGUUCUGCAGCAAAUCGGACGCCUCAGUUUGGAUAACUUUGACUUCUUUGGUGUUUCAGGACAAAGGAGCCGGAGAAAGGACACGAGAAGAAACAAGACGUGGCUCUGAACUCGACCUCAGAGCCGGAGAAGAAAGAAGAACCGUCGCCUCAGACUGAACCUUAACUACAAAAAGACCAAUCUGUCAGAAAAAGCAACGAGAGAACCCACAGUUUCUUCAGUUCCUUGGUGUAAAUACGUCGUUUUGCUGGUGAACCUGACUGUAAAUACUCUGUAAAUACAUAUUUGAUUGUUUAUCUGAAGCACAAGCACUCUGCACUAAACUCGUUCACUGUGGGUUAAUAAUCACUGAUUUUUUCUGUUGAAACAAACUAGAGAAGCUGGCGUUGAAGCACGUGUCUGAUUUGUACAUACGGAUGCUGUCCAGACGUUCAAACUCAUCAGGAUGAGUUUUAUUUAUGCACAUUACUGUGAUUAUUCUGUUGAAAAGAGGAUUUCAGCUGCUACAUGUCACGUGGGUCGACUGAUCGUUUUGUUCUUGUGUCUAACCCGUCACAUUAAAACACCUGAAUGUGA